AUGCACACGCAAGCGGAUCAUCACGAGGGUCACCACGGCUUUCACGAUUACCACCACAAACAUCCCAUAGAACCGGCCAAUUGUGGUCAAGUAUGUCCCAAAUCAAUAUCCAAAUACGAUGCCUUCGAAGUGGGACAGGUCUACACCAUAGACUUGGACGGCGAGACCCUCAUCAAUGUGAAAGAGGGUCAGACUGUGUCCCUGAAGGCCAAAGUGGACGUCAAUGUGUUGAGUCCGUGUGAGUUCACACUCAAGAUCAGGGACUCAGUGGUGUCGGGCGUACCGAACCCGCAAGAGUUGAGCGCAGAACUCAACGCCAGCCCUGAGCUGCGGUUUGGCGCCCACGACGGCAAAGUGCUGGGCGUAUGUCCGGCCCCUCAGGAGGCCGUCUGGACGCUCAACAUCAAGAAGUCGGUGCUGUCGGCUCUGCAGGUGAGCACCAAAGACCUGACACAGAAGCAGGUGCUCGAAGAGGUGGACUUCUCGGGUCACUGCACCACAACAUACACACCGGUCGGCGAACACAUAACCGAUACCAAGAAUCUAAUUCUCGAAAAAACCAAAGAUCUCAACAGAUGUCACCUCAGGAGGAAAAACCUGUCGGGCUUUCACUCCAAAUCGUUGGCUCUCUUGACUGAGUUCUUGCGCGAAAACCUACCGAUCCUUAAGUCUACCCAAAAGUGCACUCAAGAGAUCAAAUCGGGUCAUCUCUUCAGCGUUAGCUGUGUUGAGGAGCAGAGACUGUCCUUCCAGGACGAGGGCAUCAUUAAGUCAUCGCUAAAACUGCGAUCCGUGGGUAAAGCGGCGGCCAAAGCGGCGGUCACUCUACCGGCGAUCGGCACAAACGCUCAGUCGUUGCUCAUUACACGCGACAACGAAGACCAGAAAAACGCGACCGAAGCCCAAGUGUUGGCGCUGUUGAAGACCACCUGCGCUCAGGUGAGCGGUGAUCGACUGUCGGCCGACGUGACCGAGUCUUUCCACGAGUUGGUGCACGGAUUGCGCACUCUGUCCGAGUCGGGCACCCGAACCCUCGACAAGGCCACCAAGAAUGGCGAACUCUGCGCUUCACCCAAACUCAGACACCUGUUUAUCGGCGCCUCGGCUUUCGCCGCGUCCGACCCCUCCCUCCAGACCAUUAUCAGCGCCUAUAAGAACGAAGAGUUGACGGAAACCCAGAUCACACUCCUCUUGAGUUUAGUGGCGCUCAAGACUCGGCCCUCUGAGCGCACAAUCGAGCAGUACAUCGCCCUCAUAGAGAAGGCUCACUCUCCCCGACCCCUAGUGCUGGGCGUCGCUCUCAUGACCCGAAACUACUGCAAGAAACAGUUGGACAACAACUGCGAGACUUCGGCCGCAUUCAAGAAAGUGGGCCAAACAUUGUUGAAAAAGCUGAAGGAGUCCGACUGCGACAUCGAACGCAUCACCACUAUUAAGGCCAUCGAUACGAUCGGCUGCGGCUGUCCGGCGCAAAAGGACGCCCUCCUCGAGUGGGCCCAGAAGUCGGACGCCGACACCGGUGUACGCAUUGCCGCCAUUCAAGCGCUACAACGGGUCGCCGACGACACCAUCCGUCAGAAGUUGUUGGAAGUGCUGCAGAAAGACUCGGAGCCCAACGAAGUGCGAGCCGUGGCCUACCGGGCGAUCGUCCUGUCGGGCGCAUCGCAGGAACAGUUUGACGCCAUCAACACCGUGUCUGACGCGCAGAUGCAGAACUACAUCCGCACUCACGUCCGUAAUCUGAGACAGUCUUCCAGCGCUAACCGCCGCAAACUCGUCGCACAGGCGGCCAAUAUUGCCGAACCCAAGAACACCGGCUUCGGUAUCACACGUAACGUCGAGUGGGGCUAUCGUGGAGUGAGUCUCGAGUCCGAUGUCGUCCACCCGAAAGGGUCGAUGAUUCCCAGCCUUUACACGUUUGGCGCUUACUAUCCGAUGGGAGAGAAAGACAUACAGAUAUUUGAGAUUCAGAUCCGUCAACAGGGUUUGGACGACCAAAUCCGUAACAUCUUCUCCAAGGGCUUCGGCGGUCCCGAAGUGUUGGUCCAAUUGACCGGACAAUUGAUGGAAGCGCUCAACCAAUGGAAGGACCCGAAGCACGAACACACCGUUCGACUCCAGCUGUCGGUGCGUUUGGGCGGACGUAACGUCAUAUUUGUGGACACAUUGGAGGACAUCCAUAACGCCAUCGCUUUGAUCAGAAACCGAUUGAAAGAGAUGUACAAAACCGAUACCAUAGACUUGGCCCGUGCGGUGUCCCUAUUGGACAGUCUGGUGGAAGUGCCCACACUUAACGGUUUCCCGAUGCUUAUCAACCUGAAUGAGACGUUAGUGAUUGGGGUGAAGGGCGAGCACAGUGUGCAGGAGAGCGCCGGCACCAAAACCCGUCGCAUACGAGCGGCCCGUAACUACUUGGACGAGCUGUCGGCCGGAAUACGGCUCAAAGUCCGCAAUUAUAGGCCAGGAUUUGAGUACCACUUGAGGCUGGAGGUCACCCCCAGUAGUGAUGUCCAGACGGAGCGCAUCGACGGACGCAUACUUAAAGUGAAGUUCAAUUUGCCCGCAGAGAAGAAGACACUGUUGCGACUGCGCGAACAGACCCGGCUUAUCGACGGUCUGGGAGUGCCCCGAGUGUCCAACGAGGUCUCCAAUGAACGCCUGACCAGCGAUGAGAACACCCGUUGCCGACACCUAUUCGGCCUUAACGUAUGUAAGACAAAGACGUGGUCAGACAACUCGCCGAUACCUAACCUCGAGUACUACUACACCAAAGCCGACCCAACGUUGGACUCAAUCACAUUGACUUUGGAGAAACCGCAGGACAUGGCCGCAGACCAGAGGACGUGGACGGCCAAAGUGAGUGCCGGUGAACGACAAUACGUGGCACAAAUCGAUGUGAACAACCCGUCCGGCGUUUACCCCAAGAAAUUGUCACUCAAACUGCAAUCGCCUCGACGUACGAGUACUGCCGACGUGACGCUCGACCGACAACAGGGCGGCGAUGUCUCCAAAAUGGAGGUCGACCUGAAGGUACCCGAAGUGAUCGACGUUAACACCAAAUACAAUGUGGAGAAAGUGGGCAAUCAGUCCAACGUAGACGUGUUGGUGACCUACAAGUGCGGGCACUCGGAUCGCGUGGAAACCCUGCGGUGGACGAGAAAGUCGUCGUACGAGAACAAGAAGGACAAAAAGGCCAAACAGAUGACGAUAUCGCUGUUCGGCGAACUCCAGUCCACACAAUACCCAUCCUAUAACUCAAAGGUGUCCUACUAUUGGGUGUAUAAGCCGUACCAAAACAUGAAGACCGACGUCAGCGUGGAGUGGGGUCCGGAGCUGAAGGACAAGAUCCGUGUGAACGCUGUGUCCAAAAUGGACAUCAUUGAGUUGAGGCCACUGCAGAUGGUUCAGGAGCACCAAUACGUGGUGGAGAUCACACCACUCGACAUCAAUUACGAUCUCAAGAUCAAUACGGAUAUAGCGAUGAUUAAAUCCCGGCCGCGACUGCUUAACCUCAAACUCGUCGGUAAGGACGUGACCGGAAGACCCAAUCGGGAAAUACGGGGAGAUCUCAAGUACGAGUCCCUCGACGGCCCCCACCAACAGAUACUGAACGCCACACUCGCCUAUCCGGGCAACGAAGUGACCUACUAUUCCGACAUUAAACAGGUGAAGGAUCUGUCCUAUUCUGGCAAGAUCAUCUACUCGCCAUCCAAAGGCAAACUCAUCACCAUUGAGCACAAGGAAAGUAUUACAAACCCAACGCAAGCCAUUUUUGUGAAAUCCGAGGCUAAGAUCUCGUACUCGUGGAAAACGGACACCAAAGCGGUGACACUGGAGUCGGGCUGGUCAGAGCCCGAUGUCUUCAAAUAUCGGCGCGUUUUGCUCGUCAACGACAAGAAGAUGAAUCACGUGGACGUCCAGUACAAUAAGGCUACGGGUGCUCUCCAGGCUCAGGCCACGUGCGAGUUCCACGACCGGGCGCUGGACCUCAAGGUAGACAACGUGAUGAACCCGAAAUUAGCCAAUUAUGGCUUCCGUUUGGGUCAGAAGUCAUACAAAUUCAGCGUUAAUCGAGUGCCCAAAGAGUCCAUUUCCCUCAAACUCGACUCCGCAGAGAAUUCCCAAUGGAAAGAGUUCAAAGUGAGAGUAUCGCGUAAAGAGAAGUCGAGCAUAAAUAUGGUUCGGGCCAAUGGCGGGGCACUCAACGCGUGGAUCGAUCCGUACGGCUUGAAAGAGAAACGUGCUCAUCUCGACUUUAAAUCGCCCAAGUACAAUUUGGACCACACCGGCGACAUUGUCUACAAUAAGGUGGACCGCAAGUUCACGUGGGACUCGAAGACCAACCGCAACGGCCAGCCAUACCUGACGUUUGAGGCCCAGUGCGCGCCCCGACAGCGAUCAUACUUUAUACUGAAAAAGAUCAAAUCACCCGAUGAUGUGUCGAAGUUGGAGUACUUCCAGGACAAGGGUGUGUACGGCGCUGUGUUGGACACCAGUAAAUACUCGGCCGUCUUGGAGGGCGAGAACCGGGAGGGCAAACGGUUCGGCAAAUUGGGUUUCGUGAACAAAGUGGACAAUUAUGAGCACAAGUCUCACUUCAAUGUGUCGAAUGGUGUGUUAACCAUAAAGUCGGUCAGCGAUAAGGACACCAAAUUGGACGGCACUUUUGGCCGGCAUAUCGUGUCUGAGCUGCAUUUGGUGACACCCAAACGCAACGCUCACCUCACGAUCAACCCGUUGGUGGAGCCCAAGACAUUGGUGUGGAAAUACACGUCGGAUCGGUACGACUCUUCGGCCAACGUGGAGUGGGUGCCCAAGAAGUACCUGAAAGUGGAUGGAGUGACUACGCGCAAAGUGGAGCCCCAGAAGAGCACCAAGGUGACCGCUUAUUUGACUCGUCAGGACGAGGCCAACGUCAGGAUUACGGCACUGCCGGGCCUUGACGUAGACAUCAGGCGCGUGAAGACACCUAAACCUCACUACGUGUUCAAUACGACAAUCAACGGCUACACAGAGGUCCAGGAGUUUGACUCCAACCCCACUCUAACGCCCGCUCAGAACCUAUUGUUAGCGCUGGGAAAGUGGUUCAAGUCAUACACAAGCGAUCAUUAG